UUUUCCUGUUUUUUUCCCCGGACCUUAAAGUCAGAGUCCAACGUGGUUCAACCAACUUCCAAGAUAUUAUAUUACUGCUAUCGUGUUAUAAUUGGAAUACAGUUUUUGUCAUGGCACACAAUCGCAAUUCUAAUGGCCCAAAGGAUUCCAAACCAGACGACGUCAGUGACAGCAUUUCUCCAUUCUCUGGUGAUGUUAAUUCAGUUAAUAAAAACGACGAUGGCUCAACUACAGAUUGUGGUGCAGACAGCGAUGUACCAACUGCCGUUAUUGACAACGAAAAAGAAAACAUUGAGAAAUUAGUAACGUUUAUCAGCAAUGUAUUAGUCAAUGAGCAGAUACCGGAUUAUAAGAUGGAAUGGCCAUUAUGUUUAUUGUUUGAAUCCAACCAGUCGGUCACACUUUCUCAAGAAGAUCUUAAAAACAUAAUCUUAAAUAAAGCUGCUGAAGUCGUGGCCACACAUGGCACAUCAGAUAUUGAAAAACAAAUGCUUAAUAUAUCAGAAUGUGAACAUCAACAACGCUUAUAUUAUAACAAAUACAAAGAAUUAUUAAACUAUGUAAAUAUCAUAAAUUCCAAAUUGGGACUCUUGAAAAGAGUGCCAGACGAUAAUUUUAAACAUGUUAGAAAUGCUGAAACAUAUGUGAAUAUGCCAACAAUUAGUAAAAAACCGUUGUAGUGUUCGCCAGCGGUACUAAGCUUGAAAACUACUGGCUGGUGUCUACUAAUUUGUGAUAAGUUUAUUUUUAUAACUUUUUUAUAUUUUAUUUUAUGUAAUGUUCUAUGCCUAAGAUUCAUUUUCUUAUAAAACAGAAAUAUAAUCCAUCAUCA